AUGUCGCGAGGCAGCUUUGUCUUCACACCCAUGGCCUUGCGCUCUCUUCAACUUGACGAGGACAUGCUGGAGAGGCAGAAGUACAAGAGGCAGCUGGCCUCCCAUCACCUCAAUAACUAUCUGCUAAGAAAGGAGGCCAGAGACAGGGCCCCGCUGAGGAACAGCGCAGUUCUGCCUGCAGCGGUCUGCCAGGACGUGGUCGUCCAAAAUGCUCUGUAUACAGGAGACCUGGAGGCUAUGCAGCGACUGUUUCCAAGAGGAUCCAUGACUAACCUCAUCAUCGAGCCACAAGGAGGGGAAAUGCGUUGGGUCGCCACAGGAGAAGGUAAGAGACGUCAUCUGUCUUCAUCAGGAAUUCAUUUAGAGAUACUGAAGAUUUGGCACGGCUUACUCUACUUAAUGUUUUUACUGAAGAUGAGAAUGCAAAAUUAGAAAUCAACGCUUUAUAAUGGUUUUGAUAUGCAACUUAGAGCAAUGUGUGGCUGGCGCGUUUCACUCUGAGGCAGUAUUUCAAGACACAGUAAUGCCAUAUUUAUAGAAGCAGAGCACGAGGCAAUAUUUAUGGAAACAAUCACAUGUAAGACUGGAUGUCAUUGUGUUUUUUUAAUGAAGGCAAAAGAAGCUGCCUUUUUUUUUAACUUUACAAAGUACUAGUCAUUUUUUUUGCAAUUGUUUUGCCCUGGAAAUGACUUUCCCAUCAUCCAAUUUGAAUGUUUGAAAUAUUGAAUGAAUAAUGAUGAGUUUAGGCUGUGGAGAGUGUGACCAAAACCAGUUUAUUUUUCCAAAACUCCUUGAUUUUUUUUUUUUUUUACAUGCAACUGAGUAUUAUUUACCUACCUCCAUAGAUGCACAAGUGACAUGUAACACACAAAUCAUAGGCUAUGUAAGUGCAGCAAAAAAGUUCAUUAGGUCAGCCAAAAUAUCACAUAACACCCCCUUGAAAUAGCCCUGUGUGCACAAACAACCAAGCACUGGCACCUAUAUCUUCAGGAGGAACCACCUUCCUAAACUUUACAGUAAAGCUCUGUCAUAGUCAGGCUCCAGGAUGGCUUACGUAGCACCUAAGAUUAAGUGGCACAAAAAGAAGUCUUACCGCAAUGAUGUGAUCGCCACAGCCAAGGCCACUGGUUGUGUCCUGCAGUUCUGGAACUCUCUCCUCGUGGGCGAUGAGCUGACGGUUCUCAGCAUCGUGGACGACGAGGAGUACUCUCACCUUGUGGAUGCCAUUUUUGACACCAGCAAUAUAGAGGAAUGGAAGAACUUCAGGUUUAACUACAGAGGCCUGAGUAGGUUACUGAGUGCUUUGAUUUCAGGGUUUAACUGAGAGUUACUGGAUAUUCUGUGGGUUAUGAGUCAUGCAACAAGUAACACUUUGAACUAGGCAUCAGGCACGUCUACUAGAUAAUUCAUGCUGAUUAAUGUUGACCUUCAACAAGACUUCAUUAUCACCCACUUGCAGGACUUUGGUCGCUGAGUUAUGAGCAAGAACUGACCACACCACUUCACAUCACGGCCAGCCGAGGCUUUACAGACUGCCUUAAACUCCUGCUGCAGCGUGGGGCAAAUGUAGACUUAGCACCUGGAGGCACAACAGCUCUGCACGAAGCUUGUGAGAACGGUCAGAGUGAGUGUACCAAGCUGCUGCUGAUCCACGGUGCAAAUGCCAAUGCUGUCUCUGAGGAGGGACUCAUGCCUUUGCAUGUCUGUUCCAGCCCUGAAUCUAUUGAGUGAGUAAAAUGGAACAAAAUUAGAGUUCAUUACCAAUUUGGUGUAGUAAAACUACUGCAAAGAUGAUACUUUCAUAAUUGCUAGAGUGUAGGAUUGACUGUAGGAUGGUUCUUUUAAGAAUAGAAAUUCUGCUUUGGUAAAAAAGCAUGGGUCACAGUCUCAUCAAGAUAACUGCUUAGCACUAUAUACCAACAUGUUCACUUCCAUUAGCUCGCUGUCAAAUGUUGGGUUUUAGUGGGAAAACACUGCCUACACAUUCACAGGUCAAGAUCAGAGAAUAGAUCAUAUGUACCAGUAUAUCCCCAGGAUGCAGUGAAAAUGACACAUAUCAGAAGCUCUGUACAGCAGCUUUAAAAGAUAAGGGUUGCAUAAUAAGAGGGGUAAAGCAUUAUUUAAAAACAGGAACGUCAGUCAAAUUAUCUUAUGUUGCUAGAGCCAGGGUGGAUGGAGCACCUUGGCUAAUUGUUGAAGAUUUGUAUGAGAAAGAGUUUCUAAAAAGACCAAAUCUGUUUUUUGUUUUUUUCUUUUGGAACUAGGCUUCAAGCAUUUUAACCUGGGUGUUAAUGGGGUCCACUGAGCUUUUGGUGCCAGCCCCCAGUGGACACUCUGGGAACUGCAGUUUUUAGUAUCACAUGUUGCAGCUUAGCCAUUUCCUAUCAGAGUUUUACAACCUUACUAUAACAUCAUCUGCUACUAAUGUGAGUGUCAAAAUAUAGCAGGCUAGCAGUUCUGUAGCUAAAAUUGCUUGCUAAAUAGAUGAAAAACUCCAGCCACUUAAAAUGUGAGGCAUAUAUGCACAUCCAAAGUGUCGGACAUCAGGUGUAGCAUUUAAAUUAGCAAAUUUGAAACGGGGUUCGCAUCUGAGCUUCCACAACUUGGAGUCAAAUAAAACUUCCCAGAAACACUGGUGGAUGUUUACAUGUGCAAGUAACUUAUGUUACCUUACAAAACAGGUUCUGUAACUCUGUCCGCAGAUGUGCCAAGUACCUCCUCCAAUAUGGAGCAGCUAUUAAUGGUCGCACUCUGGAUGAAGAUGACACUCCUUUGCAUGUGGCAGCCAGGAAUGGCCUUCCUGACCUCGUCGAUCUCUACCUGCGUUAUGGAGCUGCUGUUGACAAACAGAACGAUGAAGGUCUCACCCCCCUCAACGCGGCUUGUUCACAACCCCAGGAGCAGCAGGAACUUCAACCUUACUUCAAGGUGUGCCAGAUGCUGCUGGCGGCCGGGGCUGACAUCCACACAUUGGACCAGGACAAACACAAUCCUUUGCACAUGGCCUGCAAGAAUGUCAACCCAGAUAUAGUGGAUCUGCUGCUAGCUAAAGGCGCCAAUGUCAACAACAUGGACUAUGGGGGUGAAGCUCCUAUGCACAACAUCCUGAAGGUGGCCUGCUACAAGGUUACUCAUCAGCCUGAGAGGAUCGUCCGAGCUUUGCUAAACCAUGGUUCUAUUCGUGUGUGGCCCGGAGCUCUGCCUGUGGUAGGGAUUCAAAAGUGCUUCAUUUCAUUUAAAAUAAGUAAAAAACACAAAAAUAGUGUAUUCACUGUAGAAUAAAUGAAUGCAGAAUGGUUUGUGGUUGUGAACUGUUUUUGCAGUAGGAACCAAUUAUUCAUCAAGCUGGCUCAUUCAGCAUAAUUAGCAGGCUCUGCUCAUGUAACACCUUGAAAUUCUUGAGACACUCUAACUGUUCCUCGGAGUAUUUCAGACUUCACAACUUCACUAUUCAAAUCAUUCCCAUCUCAUGACACAACAUGAAGUGUAGCACUCUCUGCAGGGAACAGACUACAACUAUCAGUGAACCCACGUGCAUGAGACAAAAUGCCUGGUUCCUAAUUAGGCAAGUGUUAAUAGGAGAUUAAUUAGCACUAAUUGCAUAAUUUCCAGUUAAACCCCUGGAGGGAAGACCAAUCUGUUCAUUUCACAAGUGUUUAAUUACUUUAUUUCUUCAGUUCUAUGGAGUCACAGACUCGCUCAUGAACUUCACUGAUAAUUAUAUGAAUGUGUGGCUUUGUUCUGGGUCCUGGCGUUUCUUUCAGGUUCUGAAGCACUGCUCGACGUCUCCGCGCACCAUUGAGGUUCUUCUGAACGCCUACAGUUUCUUGAAGGUCACAGACACCUGGGUCGAGUCAGUUUCGCCGGAGGUGUUCAAGGCAAGCUUGUUGAAUAUUAAACCAGUGAGGCUGUUCCAUAACACCUUUGCAGAUUUUGUUUUUAUGUUUAUUUAAAGUAAUAGGAACUUUCAAACACUAUAAGCUUCUUUCACCUCGUAAUGGUGCAUGCACGAUCAAAAAUUUUAUGUCAUAUUUAAAUAAAUUGUUAUCGAAAUCAAAGUAUUAAUAUAAGAUGAGGGUAAGAAAAUAGUACUUUAUUGAUCCUAAAAAGAAGAGAGAGGAAAUUUGUUUGUUGUGGCAUUACAAAGACAGUACGCAGUAAAGUAAAUGCAUUAAAAUUAGAAGUCCAUUAACAUAAAUAAAAUAAAAUUUUAAAAUGUGUUACAUGCUAUAUUAGUUUGUCUGAACUGUAGCAGCAGUGUUUCAUAUCAAUGAAGGUCUUUUAUCUCUUUUAGGACACGGCCAAAGAUAGAUUAAUUUUUCCCAUUAUUUUGAAUCAGUGCAUUUUAUUUAUUACUGACAUGCAAAUCCUCCGACUGCUCCUCCAAGUUGUUCUCAUGUUCAUCCAUCUUUUUUUUUUUAUCUAACAGGAGCACAAAGACUUCUACGAGUCCAUCUUCUCCCUGGCGAUGACUCCUCGCUCCCUCCAGCACUUAGCUCGCUGCAAACUCAGAAGCUUCCUAGAUGACCGAGUUCACAAGGUGGUCCCUAAACUGGAUCUGCCCACCUUCAUCAAGAACUACCUGCUGCUGGAGUACAGAGGUUACAUCCACUGA